ACUAACACCGUACUUUUCUCCCCCAACAGAGUACGGACCCACGACGGUAGUGGGUUAACUAUCCGCAUCCCUCGCCAGCAGAGUGACCGAGGGCCCACCCACGGCCCCCAUCACCCGCUUGUGUCCCCCGAGGCCCACACCCGCGCUAACCACGUCACCAAGUCCAAGAGUCUGACCACCAGCAUGGACAAACUCACCUCCCAGCAGCAGCAGCAGCAGCAGGGCCAGGCGAGCGGCGGGUCAUCCAGGGAGUCUUCACGCCCCUGUUCCCGAGGCUCCACACCGUCCAGUACCAGGUCCUACGCCGCCCCGCCCUCCCGCCGUGCCCCAGCUCCUAGAUCUUCACGCACCCCUGACCCUGACACCCCUGAUACUGACG